AGCGCAUCUCCGAGCUGCUGUGUCUUCCCGAUCUGACUCCUCCAGCACCCAGUUGUCAUAGUGACGGAGGGCAGCAAGAAGCGCCCGCUCACUGCGCCACCUGAUUGUGAGUGCGAGAGCGAGAGAGCCAGACAGAGGGCAGAAAGCAAGCGACACGGAGUUGUGCUGCAGCAGCGAUGGGAAGUCGGGCUCUUUUUUUGCUGUGAUCAUAUUUUCUUCGCCGUGGGGACCGGAGGCUCUCCGUCGCUCUUUGUCUCUUCGUCUCACGCAGCCCAGCUUGGAUUAUUGCUGCUUGCCUGUGCUUUUAACGGGAGGAUGCUGAUGCACUGUGGCAUGUGUGUCAGGUGUGUAUAAGAUGGAAGUCCAUGUGUGCUGAUUCCCAUGAACGCACGGUGAUACUUGAUGCUGCCGGGGGACACACAGCAGGCCUGACCAGGGGCCCUACAUGCCAUGGUAAAUGCCUCUGAAGACAAACCUAGCGUGGAGUUUGCUACCUGAGUUUUAUCACUAGGAAGAAUGCAAGCAGAUCAUGGCACGGCAGAAAUCUAACAGCCAGUCAGACUCUCACGACGAUGAGGUUUCUCCUCCUCCUCCGAACCCGGUCGUCAAGGCCCGCCGCCGCAGGGGAGGAGUCAGCGCGGAAGUGUACACCGAGGAGGAUGCUGUCAGCUACGUACGCAAGGUGAUUCCUAAGGACUACAAGACUAUGACUGCCUUGGCCAAGGCUAUCUCAAAGAAUGUGCUGUUUGCUCACUUGGAUGACAAUGAGAGAAGUGACAUAUUCGAUGCCAUGUUCCCUGUCACCCACAUUGCAGGGGAAACAGUUAUCCAACAAGGUGAUGAAGGCGACAAUUUCUAUGUGAUUGACCAAGGUGAAGUGGACGUUUAUGUGAACGGUGAGCUGGUGACCAAUAUCGGAGAGGGGGGAAGCUUUGGCGAGCUGGCCCUGAUCUAUGGGACUCCAAGAGCUGCCACCGUCAAGGCCAAGACAGAUCUUAAACUGUGGGGCAUUGACAGGGACAGCUACCGCCGCAUCCUCAUGGGAAGUACUCUGAGAAAGAGAAAGAUGUACGAAGAGUUCCUCAGCAAGGUCUCCAUCCUUGAGUCUUUGGAUAAGUGGGAGCGCCUGACUGUGGCUGAUGCCCUGGAGCCAGUUCAGUUUGAGGAUGGGGAGAAGAUCGUAGUGCAGGGCGAGCCCGGAGAUGACUUCUUCAUUAUUACAGAGGGAAUAGCCUCUGUUCUGCAGCGCCGAUCUGACAACGAGGAGUACGUCGAGGUCGGACGCCUCGGACCCUCAGACUACUUUGGUGAGAUCGCCCUGCUGCUGAACCGUCCCCGGGCAGCCACCGUCGUCGCCCGCGGACCCCUCAAGUGCGUGAAGCUGGACCGGCCCCGCUUCGAGCGCGUGCUGGGGCCGUGCUCCGAGAUCCUCAAGAGGAACAUCCAGAGAUACAACAGCUUCAUCUCCCUCACCGUGUGAGAGCUCGGCCCCCUUUCCGCCCACCACUCCACCAGCAGGGGUGUGCACCAUCAUCAUCAGCAGCAUCAGAGGUUUAGGGUCAGGGUUGGGAACCGGGGGGGAGUGGGGGGUUGUUGGGACACAGGGGUGAACAGCAAUUUUAAAUACAAAAUGACACAGAAAGCUUGUUUCCUAGCUUUACUUCUUUUCUUUUCUUUUCGUUUUUUUAAUCUUGUGCACUUUGACUCAGUCUACUUGUCACGCAGCUGUAAAAAUCAGAAGAGGACAGAAACUAUUUCAAUCAUCAUCUAAUGUAAACGAGUCGCUUUACGAGGCACGAGGGACUCGUAUAAAAAUGGUGUUUGCACUUUAAUGUAUUUUACGGAGCAUGCGGACACAUUCAGGAAUCACGCAGGAAGCGAGGUCAUGUUUACGCACAGCGUCAGGAAGUGGGUGCACAUUUCUUUGCUCGCUGGAUGUUGUUGCUUUUUGAUGCCUUUUUAUUUUGUUUUUGUUUUUGUUUUUUUAUUUUAUC